CGGGAUGGUGGCGGGAGUUACGGCUACCGCUCCUCCAACUCCUCCUACUCGGCUGGUGGUGGUGCUGGUGGCAGUGCUAGUGCUGGUGGUUCGCGGCAGGAGGGGGAGGCGGGGGACGUGUUGCAGCGCUCGGAUGUGCGGUUCCAGCAGCAGAUGGAGCGGUACCGGCGAGAGCGGGAGGACGGAGGCAGGGACGGGGGUGGUGGUGGUGGCGGCAGCAGGGAUGGAGGCAGGGAGCGGGAUAGGGGGCGGGGAGAUGGUGGCGGCGGUGGAAGCGGCAGUCGAGAUGGCAGGGACAGAGAUGGAGGCAGCAGUAGGGACAGGGAGCGGGACAGCUACCGAGGAGGGGAGCGAGGUCGGGAGUAUGAUCGCGACCGGGACCGGGACGGCGGCGGCAGGAGCAGCAGGGACAGGGACGGAGGCAGGGAUGGCGGCUAUCGUCGUGACGGUGACGGCGGCAGCGGUAGCGGCGGCGGCGGCAGCUCUGUUCGUCAGCGAGGCAGCGAGUGGGAGGGCGGGCUGACGCCGGUACGGCGAGGCGGGGGGGAGGACGAGUGGGCGCUCACGCCGGUGGUGCCCUCGGGGCGGCCGGGGACGGGAGCGGGAGCAGGCUCCUCACGUCCCGGCGCCCCCCGCUCCUCCUACGCCAGUGGGGGUGGAGGUGGCGGAGGUUGGUCCUCCGGCGGUGACACGCCCCUGCCGGCCGCCGCAGUGCCCUCCGGCUCCGCAGCUGUCAUCCCUGGAGGGGGAGGAGGAGGAGGAGGUGGCCCCUCCGCCUCCAGUCGCGGGGGUGGCGGGGGUGCGGGAGCGGGUUUCGGUCGCGUGCAGUUUGACACGGCCCCCAGCCCGGCGCUGACCCCCUCCUGGAAGAGUG